AUGUCAGAUGGAUUUGCAGAAUCCGAAGGCUGUCAAAUUUGCAGACUCAAAGGACGACUUCAAUCUUGCAAUUGGCAGCUGGUCGUGAUGGAAUGCUUCUCAAUCAUCUUUUAAGCAGGUAGCUAUCGAUGAUUGAACUGAGAGUUCUCGAAGAUGCUGUGGGUGUAAUGCUCAAGGAGCAUCAAAUCGAACCGUUCCUCGGAGAGCUCUUCUUCUGGCAAGAUAUCGCCUCACAAUUGACCAAGUAUGCCAAUUUAGGCUUUGAACAGGAGAGUCAACAGGAUGUUGCAUGGACAAUGACUGCUUUGCGUCUCAUUCAGAUUGCGUGUGCAACGACCAGCGACUGCCAAGCGCUGGCUCUAGCCUCCCGCAUCCAUGAGCCUGUCAUUAAGAUUGUUGCCAAGCAUCUGACAGCGGACCAUGACAAGCUAGCAUGGAGGAGUAUGGCUGUACUGUCAAAUAUGGUCACUCGCAAUGCAGCAGUUGCUGAAGUGCUCUAUCCUAUAGUUCUGAAGGCUUUGCCGUUGCAACAAACUCUGCAGAAUGGCAACACACUGGAACCCUCCCUUGUCUUCCUGCGCAAUUCUGUUUACGCUGAUAAGACGUUCUUGAACUUGCUAUCUAAAGAUGGACCACUGCUAGUCAGCUUGCUUUCCACAUCGGAAGAAGGCGGUCUCCUGGGGCAGCAAGGAGCGGGCCAGCUUGUCUCCGCCAUUAUUGAAGAACUCAUGCAGAAUGAUUGCCUAGAGAGCGUUAUCCAUUCUCUUUACCAAGAAGUUGACUCUACAAGGGUCGAAAUCCGUUAUUUAUGGGAACUCAUCAGAGAUCUCUGUUCACAGGAAACGCUGCCUCAGCGUCUGGAUGUCAAGGUCCCUUUGACAAUCGUUGCCAUGCUCUACCAGAGCCUAGCGGAGCUGGGAAACCUGCAGGAGAACAAUCCCACGCAAAAUGAUCUCAUUCUAUGGCAAAUUCUGGCAUGUCAAGCAGCAGCCUUGUCAUCCAUCUUGUCGAAUGAACAGCAGCAAAACCUGCUCAAAGACCAGGCUAUUCAAGCCUCGGUCACUCCAGUUGUUGAGCUUCUAGGCAUUGCGCAUCUUCGUUUCCCGAGAACCACGGGCGGAAGAAUGAAAAACGUUGACGAAACAGUUGUGGUCAGAAACCUCAAGCGCGAUUGUAUAGCCAUCAUCAUGAACCUUUCCUACGGCAACAAAGAAAUUCAAGAUCUUGUCAGGACAACGGGUGGCCUCGCACUUGUUUUAGCACAGUGCAACAUCGAUGAAAGCAAUCCUUACAUCAAGGAGUGGGCUACUGUGUGCAUGCGCGUUCUCUUGGAAGGCAAUUUGGAGAACCAAGCUCAAGUCGAAAACAUGACGCCAAUUGGUACGCAGCAGACCCCCGAGCUUGAUGAACUUGGAUUGCAAAGUUAUUUGACGCCGGACGGUAAAGUGGAGCUUCGGCAAUUGGCAAACGAUCAGGGGGUACAGGCCACAAUUACCAGUAUCAAUGACAGCUAUGAGGAUUGAGCUUCAUGGUGUGUUUCUAUGCUCCGCUAUUUGGUGCAUCGAAUUCAAGACCAUCUUGUCCAGUGUUGUGCAUGAUUCCCACGUCCUCAUCCAGUUCAUCUUGUUGCAAAGUAUGUGGUUGCAGCGUAUCGACCGCAAGGGUCUUGUUGAGCUCUUCCUCCCGAAUAGCUUCAUUUUCAGCACGCUUUUCGGGCGUGGCCAUCUGCUCAGGAGUCAGCUCUGCUACGCGGGCUGCUGGAAGUUGUCCAGACUUGACGGCAUUCAGGAGCUCGGGGUUUGUCUGAAGAAUGUCAGUAUUUCUUGAGCAGCAGUGACAUGAUGGCUCACUUUCAAAUUGGCAGCUUUGGAGCGCACCUCGUCUUUAUAUUGCUUCUCAUCACCUGCAGCGUGCUCAGCGAUGGAUUUCUCCACCUGACGGGCUAGCGGUU